GCUCAUCAAACGGAUCGUCGUCGACGUUAUCGCCAACGUCGUCGUGAGCGGCGGCAACAGCAACAGCAACAGGUGCAAGUGUCUCCGCUACCACCGCCGCCGCCACCACAAUUUCCACCGCCGCCACCACAAUUUCCACCGCCGCCGCUACAAUUUCCACCGCCGCCGUCACCACAAUUCCCACAAUCGCCGCCACAUUUUCAAAAUAAGGGAAGGAUAUGUUCAGUUCAUUUUGAACCUUCGUGUUUUACAAAGUCAUUGCAGCAGCAAUUGCUAGGGUACUCCCCGAGAAAAGGUCGCAAACUAAGAAACGAUGCAAUGCCUACAUUGCAUUUGUUUCACAAAUUGCAAGUGGAAAAAACUCCAUUGCUUGAUAACUCUGAGAAAACAACUGUUGCUUUAUUGCAUGUUGACGAUGUCCCUAAUGCAAUGACAAAUACGUCGAUGUCCACCGUCAAUAAAUCUAAAGAACCGAUAAAUGCAUCGCCACACAUCAAUGAUUCCACCGAUGUCAUCGAUGCUGUCGUGUCUAUAGACGUGGUGAAUGUAUCAUCGACAAGUAUAGAAAAUACGUCCACAAAUACUACGGUUGCCGUAAUUGGUUCACCUGCUGCAACGGAUCUUUGUAGCCCCAAUAAUGACAUAGGCUACAUGUAA